AUGGAGUACCAAUCAGGAAACCGCGCUUGCUACAACUGUGGUGAUACCUCCCACCAAGCCCGCGACUGCCCCACAAAGGGUAACCCUACCUGCUACAACUGCGGCGAGAAAGGCCAUUUGAGCCGCGAAUGCCAGUCGCCACAGCAGGAGAAGCCUUGCUACCGUUGCGGCCAGACUGGCCACAUCUCCCGCGACUGCCCGAACGAGGCUUCAGGCGGUUCCGGCGGCUAUGGUGGCGCAAGCGGCGGCGGUUCCGGUCAAGAAUGCUACAAGUGUGGCAAGGUUGGCCACAUUGCCCGGAGCUGCCCUCAGAGCGGUGGUGACUACUACGGCGGCGGCGGACAAGGACGCGGAGGUUACGGCGGCUACAACUCCGCGCCUCGGGGCAGCACCUGCUACUCGUGUGGCGGAUACGGGCACAUGUCGAGAGACUGCACUCAGGGCCAGAAGUGUUACAACUGCGGCGAAGUUGGCCACCUGAGCAGGGACUGCCCGUCUGAGGCCUCGACCGAGCGCACGUGCUACAAGUGCAAGCAGCCAGGCCACGUUCAGGCAUCAUGCCCCAACUAA